AUGUUGAAACGUGACAUCAAAGAAAUGUACCAAAUCAAAAAACAAGAAUCCACGUGUGUAGACGCAUUACCAGUUGCAAAACCUCAUGAAAAAAUCAUAGUCUUAAAGAGAAAAAAAUAUCACGAAGCAAUAGAUAUUUUGGAUAUGAAAUUGAUAGACAUGAAGAAAAAAACAGAUCUAAUUAGACAUGAUAUCAAACAGAAAAGGAUCAAGUUGAACGACUUGUUCGGGAGAUGGAGUGACGUGCGGUCAAAGGUUGUUUCUACUGUAGACAAAGAUUCAAAUACAACUAAGACGCUGUCGGCGCUUGAAAAUCGAUCGCAUCAAAUCGAGAUGAGCCGAAUGGAAGCGUCACACGUGACACGCAAAUAUAGAUCCAUAAGAAAUCGACUUUUGGAAGACUCUGUGGUGUUCGAUUCCACGUUGAACAAAUUAGAAAAAACAAUAAAGACACAACAACGCGAAAUUCAACGACUAGAAAAAAUCAACGAAGAAGCCAUUAAAUCAAGGGACAAAACCAGGUUAGUGUUGCAGAAAAAAGAAACUAACGCAGCUAAUAUUGCGAAAUUUCGUAUGAAACAAGUAGAACAAAUCAGAGCGCAAGUAGAAGAAAGAAAAACGGAGCUAGAAAAAUUGGAACGAAAAAUAUUUCCACCGGGACAGAGAGCUACACACCAGGAUUCAAUUCCUAGUUCUUCGGAAGAACAACGGUUUGGAGAUAAUGGAUCAUCGGAUAGUCAAGAAAUUACUGACAUGCCAUAUUUCAAACUGAAACAAGUCACUGGUUCAAUUGACAGCGAAGACGUACGAAGAAAGUUUGUAUCUCAAAAAGAAACUAAAGAUAGAUUAACUACUUUAAAAACUAACACUGAGAAUCAAAAAAAGGACCUCCAGAUCAAAUGCCAACAGCUUAAUGAGGAAUUUGAACAAUGUCGAUUUUCCGAUGCUCAAGACAAAGAACAGAAUGAUGAAGAAACCGAAAAUCUUAAGUUUAAAAUAAUCGAAGAGACGGACAGACUCGAACGUUUACAAAAGGACAGGUCCGAACUGUCAAAUCAAAUUGACUCGACGCUUUUUAGACUGUACGACAUGUGCCUGGCAUUAAAAGAAGCAGACAGUGCACCAGUGCCAGACAAAUGUCCAAGUAUUGAUAAAGCUGACUGGUUAAUAUGCCUGUUACAAACCAAAUAUGAGAAUGUAAUAAGAAGUUAUGGAACUACAGAUAAGGAUCAACGUAAUGUGAAUGGGAGGAUUAAAAACAACGACGUAGCAGUACUGUGGUCAUUGGACGACAAUGUCGUGGAAUCGGUGAACAAGGACGAAGAAGAAAAACCUGGGGUUAAAGACGCCAAAGGAGCAACGCAGAAGAAUUGA